AUGUCGAACAUUAUCCAUAAGGUCAAGGAUGCUCUCACCGAUCACGGUGACAAGUCUUCCAGCACCCACCAUGACUCUACCAAGUCCUCCAACUACGGUCCUCACGACGGCAACAUUGCCAAUGCCGCAGACCCUCGCAUCGACAGCGACCGCAGCAACGUCGGCACUCAUCACACUACCGCCACUGGCCACUCUUCCACUCAGCCUCUAGCCACUGGCGCUGGCGCCAACACUUACGAGUCUGCUGGCUCCACCAACCACGGCCCCCAUGGCAGCAAUGUGGCCAACAAGGUCGACCCUCGUGUCGACAGUGACCGUGAUAACCGUGCUGCCUAUGGCUCUCACAACACCACUGGCCUUGGCUCCAACACCACUGGCCUCGGCUCUCACAACACCUCUACCGGCCUAGGCUCUCACAACACUUCCACCGGCGUUGGCUCUACUGGCCUUGCUACUGGAACUGGUGCUAAUGCUUACGAGUCUACUCGUUCUUCCAACCACGGCCCUCAUGGCAGCAACAUUGCCAAUGCUGCUGAUCCCCGCGUCGACAGUGACCGCAGUAACCUGGGCACUCACGGCACUCACACCACCACCACUGGCCACCCCUCGACUGGCCUAGGCUCCCACACUACCUCUACUGGUGUUGGCUCGACUGGUCUGGCUACUGGCACUGGUGCUAAUGCUUACGAGUCUACUCAUUCUUCCAACCACGGCCCUCAUGGCAGCAACAUUGCCAAUGCUGCUGAUCCCCGCGUCGACAGUGACCGCAGCAACUUGGGCACUCACGGCUCCCACCACCCCUCUACCGGUCACUCUACCGGCCUUGGUAUGGGUGCUGGUUCUGCUACCGGCGCUGCUGCCGGUGCCUAUGGCCACCACGCCUACGAGUCUAACCGCUCGUCCAACCACGGUCCCCACGACAGCAACGUUGCCAACAAGGUCGACCCCCGUGUGGAUAGCGACCGCGAUAACCUUGCUACUCACGGUUCUCACAACACCACCGGCCUUGGCUCGAACACUACCGGUCUCGGCUCCAACACUACCACCACUGGUACUGGCUCUACUGGCCUGACUGGUCACCACGGCACCAUGGGAGGUGUCCCCCAGCAAGCCUCCACUCACUCUCGCGCCACCGGCCCUGCCAGCUCUACCGCCGGCCCCCACGAGAAUAACCUGGCCAACAAGGCUGACCCCCGCGUCGACAGCGACCUCAGCAAGGAGAACAGCGGCCGCUUCGACAAGGACGUGCACAAGGGUAGCAUUGGCGGUGCCGGUGUGAUUCCCAUCUCUGGCAAUGCCGGUCCUACUUCCACCAAGACCUUUGAGGAGGCUCAGCAUACCGGUGCUGCAGGUACUGCCGGUGCUGGUAGCAGCUACAACACCACUGGCAGUGGUCUUGAGCACAAGAAGACUGCUGGUCCUCACAAGAGCGAUAUUGCUAACAAGCUUGACCCUCGUGUGGACUCUGACCUUGAUGGCUCCAAGACCAUUGGUGGAUCUCAGCGUGUCUAA